CUCUGUCAUAGCCAAGGUUCAGGCAUUUGUUACUGCGGUUGUACAGUACCCAGAAGUAACUUGAGCCACACUGUCUUGUCACCUAACUACAACUUCACACCCUCUUUGUCACCAACUACAGCUAUGCGUCAGGGCAUUCAUGAGCGUGAACCUCCAGAUGACUAUUGAUUGGCAGACCCAGAUACCUUGACAGACGUUUUUGUUUGCAGAGAAAUAAAUUUUCAUGCAGGAAGAGAGCUUUGCUGCUGCUUCCGACAUUUUCUGAUGCAGUGUAAUUGGCUUUGUCUCUGGUCACACCAGCUUAUAAAAUUCAAAGGAGGAUUGUCAACAACAUUGUUUAUUGAAGCAGCAGCACUAUAGGAGAUCGAUUGAAAGAUGUGGCCAUGGAUACUACAGUUGAUGCUAUGUUGUUGCUAUGCUUUUGCUUCUGUUGUUGCUGCAAACGGAGGACCAUUCAAGGGGUUCAAUUCCAAGUGGCUGGAACAUCCAGACACAGAUAUUGCAUUUCCUGUGCUUAUUCACUCAGAGGGCUUUACCAGUAACUUGCUACCUUCAAAGUCUGAUCGAAACAAGCGUAGUGUUGGUACUGGAAGCGGUCUUCUCUUAUAUCGUCUUAGUGGAUUUGGAGUUAAUUAUGAGCUCCAGAUGGCAUCUAAUGACAAAUUAGUAUCAACUUCAGUUCUUGUGCAAACUAUCCAAGAUGGAAAUAUGGGAGAAGAAGAAGUCAUGACAGAAUACGUUGUCAAUAAAGGGUGUCAUUUGAAUGGAUUGGUUCGUGUUGAUGAUGACAAUGGGAGUUUAGACAACACGCAGUGGGGUCGGGCAGCAAUCAGUGUUUGUGAUGGUAACAUGACUGGCGUUAUGAAGAUGUGGGACUAUGAGGUGCAUAUUGAAGUUUCGACAGAAGGGGAAACUCCAAAGAGACAUAUUCUGCAGAAGAGGUUUACAGAAACGAAUAUGUUUGAUGGAAAUUAUUGCAAUGUUACUGAAGCUGAUGGUGUUCAAAACAACGAGAGGCAUUCUGAACAUUUGAAACGUGCAGCAGGAAGCAUAAGAGCAAAACGGCAGUCACUUCAUAAUCAAACCUUGUAUGUUGAGACAAUGGUUGCUGUAGAUAAAAUCACUCUAAAACGGUGGAAGAAGUUGGGAAUUACUCAAGUUGAAAAUUAUGCUUUAACAUUGGUGAACAUUGCAAAUAUGCUGUGGGCAAACAGUGCAACUGGAUUCGAUGUCAGAAUUGUAGUAACGCGUAUGAUGUUUCUAAGGAAAACUCCUAGAAAUCUCAAGCUCACCAGAAACUCAGAAGUUCUUUUGAAUUUAUUUUGUGAAUGGCAGAAUUCAAUAAAUAGUCACAAUGAAAGUCUGCUAUCCCAUUAUGAUUAUGCUAUUCUUAUUACGGGGAAUGAGCUUUGUCACAAAGUAGGGGGCAAAAAGGUUUGUGUAGAAUAUGGUCGUGCAUAUCGUGGAGACAUGUGCAAUUUACCUCGCUCAUGCCAAGUGGCUACCAGUGCUGGUUUUCGUACUGGUUUUGUCAUUGCUCAUGAAAUGGGGCACAGUUUUGGUAUGAUCCAUGAUGAUGGCAAUAACUGUGGAGCUCAGCAGGGACUAAUGGCAGUCAAGGCGUCUGCUAAAACGAAUCUGUUUCGAUGGUCUCCAUGCAGCCUAAGGGAUAUGCAAAAUUUUCUCAGAAAUAAAGAUCAUUAUGGCUGUUUAUUGGAUUCACCUCCAUCCGACACACUUCAAUUUCGAGACAGGUGGGCGGGGUCACGAUAUGACCUUAAUGAACAAUGUUCAUUUGAAGUUGGAAUGAAUACAACCGUGUGUGACUCUGGAGGAAGUGUCUGUCAAGCAUUGGUGUGUCGGGUGGAUAACCGAUGCUCAACUUCGUAUGUUCCUGCUCUUGAUGGAAGUAUUUGUGGUCAAAAGAGAGUUUGUGUUCGUGGACGGUGUGUUCUUGCAACUGAAAGAGAUCAACAUACUUUGGUCGCUGCUGCUUGGUGUGAAUGGUCACAAGUUUCUAGUUGUUCCGAAAGUUGUGGAGGUGGUUUAAAAUAUCGCACACGAGUUUGCAAUUGCCCACAGCCAAGUCAUGGAGGACAAUUUUGUGAGGGCAGAAACUACACUGUGGAGCUGUGCAAUACCCUGCCUUGCCAUAUUAAUUCUCUUGAUCCAAAAGUGAAAGCGUGUCGUACUAAGACUGACAGCAGCAGCAAGCCAAUGGAACCAUACUACAGAGAGAACAAUGCAUGUAGACUGCAUUGCUUCAGUACUACUACGGGUGAAGUGGUUGCAAUGAACGAAUCAGUUCAAAAUGCAACAAAAUGCAAUCCCACUAUGCCAUCCAAUGACCGAUGCUUUAGAGGCCAGUGCGAGAAAUUUGGUUGUGAUUACAAGUGGCAGUCAAAUGCCCAUGAAGAUUAUUGUGGUGUGUGCCAGGGUACUCGAAGAACAUGCAAAUUUCGAUCAAAAGUUUAUUCAAAGCAAAUAGCUAAGUCUGGCUAUCAUGGAGUCGUUAAAAUUCCAAUUCAAGCCACAAAUAUUGUUAUUGAAGAAAUGGAUAUCCUGAAUGAUUUAUACUUAGCAUUACAGCUAAGUUCAGGAUCACAAUUGUUUGUGUUGAAUGGCAAUAAACGACCAGGAGCUGCAUGGUCAACAAUUGAGGCUGCUGGAACAGUGAUUGAAUACUCAAGGCCUUCCUAUGCUCAUGAAACUAUCAGAAUUAAGGGUCCAUUGCAGGAGCUUGUCAAGAUCAUGAUUUUCUCUGCUCAAACAAACAGUUCUUUAAGUGCAAGGAUCAAAGUGCAAUACUCAAUGCCUUUGAAUCGUACGGAUUAUGGUAGAGGUAUAAAAGAAUAUAUUUGGGAGAAAAGGGAUGGAGCUUGCUCCAAGACCUGCAGAGGAGGCUUUCAAGAGGUAUCAUUCUACUGUCGAGCAACAAUAGGAGGACAUUAUGUCAACUACACUUAUUGUGAUAGUACUGCCACACAUGCUCCCAAGUCCCAUACUAUUGCGUGCAACACAGAUGUUCUUUGCAAUGGAGGCUCACCUGUCUACAACUGGCAUAUUGGUAAUUGGAGUCAUUGCUCUGCUACAUGUGGAACAAGUCAGAGGGAACGAGAUGUUCGUUGCUAUGAUGAAACGACUUCUGUGUAUGUUGACAAUAAUUAUGAUCGAUGUCAAGCUCAAGAACCAUCUACUAUGCAAACUUGCCUUGUGCCAGUGUGCAAGAAGAAACCAGUCAAUGGUGGUUGGUCAAAGUGGGAAGUGUCUGGAGAUUGCUCAAAGACUUGUGGCUCAGGGAUAGGCGUGGAGACUAGAACCUGUACCAAUCCAAAACCAAGUAAUGGAGGGAAGCGUUGUGUUGGUGUAGCUCAACGACAGGUUUGUUGCAACACUAAGACAUGCAUACCUACUAGCAUCAAUGGAUUCACAGUUCAAUGCAGUAAAAAGUAUCCAAGCUCAAAGGCUCUGUUUUCUCCUGUUGAUUUGUUAGCAUGCCGAAUCAAGUGUCAGUUAUCUGGUGGAUCUGAGGGCACUGUUGAUGCUGAGGAUGGAACUCGGUGUCAGUUACAGUCAUCAAGCCGAUGUCUCAAUCAAAAAUGUGUGCCUGUUGGAUGUGACUGUGAGUUUGGAUCUACAAACACAGCUGGGUGUGGACUUUGUUACAAUCAAUCAGCUAACUGCAAAUUAUUCACUUCCAAAUACAGCCUACAAAAUUAUAACGCAGGAAGAAAUCACCAUAUUGUAGGUAUACCAAUAAAUGCUUAUCACUUACAAGUGAGCAUGAAGAAGGAUGUGAGCGGAAUUAUAACGAUUCAAAGCUUUAGAAGAGAAUCGGUGAGCUUCAGCAAAUUCCGUUACUCUGGGGAAAGCAUGUUUGCUUUUGGUGGAGAAGUAAGAUAUACUUCCGCUUCUGCUGAAGAGUCAUUGAUGUUUUAUGGGCCAACUGCAGAGGAUUUGACAAUUUCUAUUUAUUUGUUGGGUAGCGUUGGUAAUCAGAAGUCUGAUGCUAUACGUGUGUCAUAUUUCAAGGGAGCAUGAAAAGAGAGACGAGAGAAAGAACUAACUAACAAAUCUAAUUACAGUGCCUAGCAUAACUGGUCUUUCUCCGCCGCGGGGGGAGGGGGGGAGGGAUACCGGCUGGAGGGAUACCGGCUGGACUAUGGAGCCUAAACUAGAAGGCACUGCAAAAGUAGGGUAAGACGAUUCUAACUGCACGUACUUUGUCAAACACCAGUCUGUUAACAAAACAAAACUGAUUAGGUUACAGUACGCUUUGAAAUGUCAGAAGAAACAUUUGCAAUAGAACAACGACUCUAGCUA